AUGGAAGAUGGUUCUCUUUUCUAUGGCUUUAAAAACAUUUUUAUUACCAUGUUUGCUACUUUUCUUUUCUUCAAGCUUUUAAUUAAAGUUUUUUUGGCUCUCCUAACCCAUUUCUAUGUCGUCAAAGGAAAUAGAAAAGAAGCAGCUAGGAUAGCUGAAGAAAUCUAUGGUGGAAUACCAGACUGCUGGGCUGAUCGAUCCCCACUUCAUGAAGCUGCAGCCCAGGGGCGCUUACUGGCCCUUAAAACGUUAAUUGCACAGGGUGUCAAUGUGAACCUCGUGACAAUUAACCGGGUUUCUUCCCUCCAUGAGGCGUGCCUUGGAGGGCACGUUGCCUGUGCUAAAGCCUUAUUGGAAAAUGGUGCAAAGGUCAAUGCAGUGACGGUUCAUGGAGCUACACCCCUUUUCAGUGCUUGCUGUAGUGGCAGUGCUGCAUGUGUCAACUUGCUGCUGGAGUUCGGAGCCAAGGCCCAGCUAGAAGUGCACCUGGCUUCCCCCAUCCAUGAGGCAGUAAAGAGAGGUCAUAGAGAGUGCAUGGAGAUUCUGCUGGCGAAUAACGUGAAUAUUGAUCAGGAAGUGCCUCAGCUUGGAACUCCCUUGUAUGUGGCCUGCACCCACCAAAGGGUAGAUUGUGUGAAGAAACUUCUAGAAUUAGGAGCCAGUGUUGACCAUGGCCAAUGGCUGGACACCCCUCUCCAUGCUGCAGCGAAGCAGUCCAGUGUGGAAGUCAUCCACCUGCUGAUAGACUAUGGGGCUAACCUGAAGUGCAGAAAUGCUCAGGGAAAAAGUGCACUUGAUCUGGCGGCCCCGAAAAGCAGAGUGGAGCAGGCGCUCCUGCUCUGGGAAGGCCCACCUGCUCUUUCCCAGCUCUGUCGCCUGUGUAUCCGAAAGUGCUUGGGUCGAGCGUGUCAUCAAAGAAUCCACAAGCUACAUCUACCGGAGCCACUGCAAAGAUUCCUCCUCUACCAGUAGUCCCAACUCUCUAUGGAAGGUCUUGGAAAUAAUCAGGUAGUUGCCUGCUGUACGCAGGGUACUUAGUGUAGAUGCCCAACAGCUAACCUCUCAGUGUCUUCAAAUGAUUUAAGCCAGUUAGAGUAAGUCCCUGAUCAAUCAGAAACACGUAGGGAGUGGAAGCUCGUGGUUAGUUUAAUGUUCUCAUUAACCAAGGGGCAAUCAGACACCUUUCAUUUUUAACACUUGUUGUAGAAACUUUUAAAAAACUAUAAAGUAGAGUGAAAAUAGUAAGCUAUUUUUAAAGUCUCAUUAUCUUCAAUUAUCUAAGGGUCAACAUUCUGAAUAUCAUAUAGAUACAUGUAAAUCAGGUUGAAUAAGAUUGUGAUGAAUGUGAAUAUUAUAAAAUGUGUUCCUCUUGAUUUAGUUCCUCCCUCUUUUCCCCUUUCUUUCCUUCUAUGAAUAAAU